UCGAGAGUGUAGGGUUUUUGGGCAUGGCGGCUCUGUGUAGUCCGCAGCGGAAGGACACGCUGGAGAGCGAUGGCGAUGGCGGCGCUGGUAUCACCUUCUCUAAGUUCAAGUAUAGGUUCCAGAAUUUGCUCACGGAGGUCCGGGCGCUCAAAUCCAAGGAAUGCUCAGCUCGAAUGGAGGCGGAGGUUUCGGUUCAGAAGCUGAGAUCAAAGGAGGCCGAUCAAGACAAAGAAAAGGCAUCGCUGCAAGCCCAAAUCACGGAAGCUACCGAAGCUCGGCAGAAGCUGGAAAAUGCCAUUAAGAUUAUGGAGCUUGAAAUGUCUGCCAUGGAGAAAAAUGUGGCAAGCUCGAAGAUGCAAUUGAAGGCUGUUCUAGAUUCCAGAAACACAGUGAUGGAGGAACUUAAGAUAGCCAAUUACGAGCUGGAACAGAAGCUAAAGAAUACUUCCAGCCAUUUAUCGGUCGCCAUGGAAAAGCUAAGCAGGAACACGAUGCUGUUUGAGGCUGUAGAACAAGAAGCCUCGUCUGUGAAGAGAACCUUAGAUGAAACCCGUCAAAUCGUGGCUUCCAGAGCAGAUAUGGUUGCCGAGCUUCAGCAACAGGUGGCAUGGCUGGUCGAUAUCGAGCAAAAGCUCCUUGAUAAAGCACGAUUACUGGAGUGCGAGCUACGAAACAAAAACGUUUCAUGCUCUAAAAAGGAAAAGGAAAUCAUCGCGUUAAGACAUAUGCUCGAUACAAGAAACGACUCGAGCAUCCAAGAGAAGCUAACCAUAAUCCAGAAAUCGUCGGAAGCGAAAGACCGCACUAUCUCGGUCCUUACUAUGGAUAAACAGGGUUUAAUUGGCGAGAUAGAAAGCCUGAAGGCUGUUGUGAAAAGAUUUCAAGAAGCUGCGGCUGAGCAAGAUUCGUCUUCAAAAAUAUUACGUGAGAAAGUUCUCGAUUACCAACACUUGCUCAGAGAGAAAAGUAAAAUGUGUGAAGGGCACUUGCCAAGCUCACAAGAACUUAGACAGGGAGAUCUGGAUCUUGAAGAGAAUCACGAGGCAGCAGCAGAAGCACAAAUUCAAGACAAAUCACCAGCGCGUGUUGAAGAAAUCAAAGAGCCAAUCGUCGUUGGUUGUAGCUCAGAUAAAGAAGACGCUACUCUCACCAAUGAUGUUGGCACCCGUGAAGAACAUCUUCAGCAAUGUGCAGAGAAAGAAGAAGGUGGAUUAACGUCAUGCACUUGCGGCCGGCCGCCUGAUUCUUCUAUGCUGGAGUGCGUGAGCUGCAAUAACCAAUUCCAUGCCGCAUAUGUUUCAUGGGAAGAAUCAUCGUCAGCGUACACGUGUACGAGUUGCCAAAAUAGUCCAGUAAAGAAGAUGAAGCUAUCCGGCAUUGAAAGCCAGCCGCUGUGAAACACUUUGUCUCCCAAGAUUUAUCGCUUUUCGUAGACAUCUUUGCCCACGUGUCCUCCUCUGCAAUGGAAAUGCAAUGCAGUGAAGCACAGAAGCAAGGAAGAACAACUUGUAAGCAAAAACAUUUGUUCAAAAGGUGGGAGCUGAGCUGCGUUUUCUUGAAAUUUUCGUUUUAAUCGAUGGUUUCCGCUCGAA